AUGAUAGAUUUCAGCCGAGUCCAGAAGGAGCUCCAAGAUUGCGACAAGGACAAAGAUGCUUCGGGUAUCCGGGUCUGCCCGAAAUCCGAUAGCCUUACCCGGCUCACCGGAACCAUCCCUGGUCCAAUCGGUACUCCUUACGAAGGCGGCACUUUUCAGAUCGACAUCACCAUUCCAGAUGGGUAUCCGUUUGAGCCUCCAAAGAUGCAAUUUUCAACCAAAGUUUGGCAUCCGAAUAUAAGUAGCCAAAGUGGAGCAAUAUGUUUGGAUGUGUUGAAAGACCAGUGGAGUCCAGCUCUUACUCUGAAGACAGCUCUUGUUUCAAUCCAGGCAUUGCUCUCUGCACCAGAGCCCAAAGACCCUCAAGAUGCUGUUGUAGCUGAACAGUACAUGAAGAACUAUCAAGUGUUUGUAUCAACAGCUCGUUACUGGACCGAGACAUUCGCCAAGAACUCUUCUCUAGAUGAAAAAGUGAAGAGACUUGUGGAGAUGGGUUUUGGAGAUGCUCAGGUAAGGACUGCUCUUGAAUCAAGCGGUGGAGAUGAGAAUGUGGCGCUUGAAAAGCUCUGUUCUGGUUAG